AGUCUCAACCGCUCAACGCUCACUUCAUCAGUUCUAUUCGACCAAUACCAUAUUCCCUCUUUUGUGACUCUUUUUUAAGGGAAAUGACAGAGCAUGGGGAAUCAAGUGGUCAAGCAACAAAUAAUGAAAAUCAAAUUAAUGAGGAUAUUCAAAUUGGAGGGUUAAGUGUUAAUCCUAAUAACAACCAACAAGGCUUUUCUCCGGACUACUUUCAACCAAGCUUUUGGAUUGAGGUAGCCUCUCAAGUCUUAACACUCAGCUGAUCAUAUCGUGAAGAACUCCCCUUCUUUGCUACUCGAUUUUAAGGUCUGUGAGGAAAGAACAUUCACUAUGGAAAACAUUGAUUUGGAGCUUGGAGACGCGGGGGCGAUUCAAAAGAGCGUCCAAGGUGUUUCUGAUCGUUUAAAACUACAUGAAAACAACAAUGCUAACCAAUUCUCUCCAUCAAUUUACAUGGCACCUCGUACCCUACGAGAUUUGAGCACUAGUUCUUUCAGCCCUCGGGAGGUCUCUAUUGGACCCCUACACAGAGAAGAUGAGAAUGUGCAAGCCUUUGAAUGGCAGAAAGAAACUUAUGUGAUUAAGCUGAUGAGUCGUAUCCAUUCCCCACAAGAGGAAAUACUGAAUUCAUGCAUGCAAAAGGUGUACGAUUCAAUGGAACAAAUCAAGGCAUGCUAUGGUUACACUCAAAUGAUGACACGUGAUCAUGAUAAUAUUAAAUUUGCUGAAAGGAUGGUUAUGGACGCUUGUUUCAUACUUGAAUUCACUCUCCAGAUUUCGGAAUCUCAAGUUGAAUCAUAUCGAGGAAACAUGUUGCCCGACCAAACCAUAAUUUUUGAUUUGGUGUUGCUAGAAAACCAGAUCCCUUUCUUUAUUCUUAAUGAAAUAUAUCAAUGCACUGUUUUGAAAUUUAAUCAAGACGCUGGAUCCCUUAUUGAUUUUAUCCAUCCACUUCUAAACCUUCUUAACAUCUUUAAGGACAAUAUAAAAAUGGAGAAUAUAUCCAUUAGUAACACUGAUCACAUUCUCAGCCUUUUACAUCAAUGUUACAAGCCCCAAGCUCCAAUUAGAUCAACUUUCUUAACCUCAACAAUGCCUUCGGCUCUAGAUCUAGACAACGCAGGGGUCCACUUAAAACCUAGCCAAAAUCCAACAUGGUUGAUGGAGAUCGGAGUGAAAUUACCUAGGUUCCCAUGUUUUUCAUGGUGUUGGGGUAAGCCUACUCUUAGAAUGCCGGUAUUGUAUGUUCAUGAUUUCACUGAAUUGGUUUUAAGGAAUCUCAUUGCGUAUGAGCAUCGUUCAAGUCAAACUCAUAAUUAUAUUACAUCGUAUGCUUAUGCCAUGGAUAUGCUAGUGAAUACUCAACAGGAUGUUGCCAAGUUGGUAGACUCGAGAGUCCUUGUCAACAAUAUGGGUUCAAAUGAAGAAGCUACUAAGAUGAUCAACAACAUAUGUAAAGAAGUUGCACAAGUACAUUUCUUUUACGGUGAAAAUUUCGAAAAAUUGAACAAGUACUGUCGUGGUUACUGGCCAGAAAAAAUGGCUUGGUUGAAGACGACUUACUUUAGUAGUCCAUGGAGUUUAAUUGCUUUAGGGGUUGGAACAAUCCUAUUUGUUCUAACUGUGGUUCAGACCAUCUAUACCAUUAAGUCUACUUGAAGCAACAAGUGGAUAUUCACUGUGAAGGAUCGAUUGUAUCGUGUGCACAAGUAAUUUUCAUCCUAGCUAGGUUGUACAUUUGGAUGGGUACUUAUAAUGUGUUACCUAUUUAUGUAAUGUCGUGCUUGAUUUAAGUUAUGAUGUCCUUGCCUUUUGAAAUUUAUAAUUUCUUUGAAGACUUUUGAAACAAUAGGGAGCAAUAUUUCUUGUUCUUUAAAUUGUGAUGUGUUUAGCCUUUUG